UUGUAAACAAAAACUGUAUGUGUCACCAAGUAAAUACAUUUUAAAGCUUAUUUUAGUUGAUGGUAGAUUUUUAGACCUUGUCAAAGUACUUUAUCUGAAAAUUUUAGAUUAUGUAGCUGCAUAAAAGAUAGGCCUACUUGAUUGUGUGUGGUUGUUUGAUGUUGUGUACACUGGUAAUGAUAUAGUAAUAGACAUUGCUGAGUAUUUCUAAAUUACAUUUAUUGUCCUGUACUUAAUACAAUAGUUUGAGUUAAAAAAUUAAUAUGUCACUUAUUUAAAUUUUCAUGUAGAGCAUUACAGUUUUAGCAUCAGAUUAUUACAUUAUGCAAUAUGACUCAGCUUUAUGGAAAUUUAAAAACAUUUAUUUACUCAUUAAAUAACAAUACCUUUUCCAUAGAUACCUCUUCGGCAAGUCUGUAAAAAUGGUGUUUUAUGAACUAAUAACCGUUAACUUAUUGUGUAUUCUCCAGUCCAAUAAUGUUGUCUAUGGUGAUACCUACACAUUUGAACCUCCAAAUUUGAAAACUGUAUUGUUUAAAGAAACAGAUUUAAUGACUCGCUGUUGGAGUUUGUACGAGGUAAAUUUAUUGUUGAACAGAAGAGUGAUGCAAGAUCUUGUGCCAAGAAAAAUUCCAAAAGAUCUACCAAUGUUGUUGCGGUAUUUGAAAAAUGUUGAAGAAAUUAUUUUAGAAAUUCCAGCCGGUAUCAACCAGACCCUAGUGAUGUCAGCGAUGGCCGAUGUAAUCGGAGCUUAUCUGCAGGCCAUUGUCAUCCCUAUAGCGAACGAGGCGUACUACGCAGGAAAUGUGGACUAUAGCACAGUAUACGAGUUGCACGGGUUGCUGGACAAGUGGAAAUGGUACUUGAGUACGAACGGAGGAACGUGGUCUCAGGACUGUGAUAUGAGUAAGAUACCCACCAAGGUCGCUAUUCUUGAUCUUGUUCUUAGUGAGCCAGAAGAAGCCUGUCAAGAGUUGUACGUAUCUGGUCCCUCCCUCAGCAACGAGACCGAAACAUCAAUUGGGUCCGAGACAAUAGUUGCAGAAUCUUCGAGAAUUGCCAUUCCUUACAUGGACAACAACUUGGUACCGAAUGCCAUUGCUCUGCCUUUCAGGAAACGAAAUCUAUACAGUUUAAUGGAUCCCAAAGCCGCUUAUAUUUUGGUAAAGUAUUACACUUUGUCAAUGAGAUGUUUAUCUAGUAAUCCUAAUGAUGUUGUGGCGUUCAGCAAUUUCUUCUAUUCAUGGCUUGUCGGCAAGGUGAUACCACGCCUUCAUGACCAAGAUCGAUGGUAUCCGGCAUUUGGGGCCGUUAUGAGAGUGGUAGAAACUAUCAAACAGAAAGGUCUAUCUUCAAACAGCCAGUCUGUUGUAGUUCAGCCAGCGAAUGAAGAACACCAAGAUUCUGCGUUAAAUGCGAAUUUAGAUAUUGGAGGUUCCGGGACUGACCACUCUGGAAAAAUGGGAAAUUAUUUUCAUAUCAUCAACAAUCCAUUUGCUCUUUUGAUAAUUUUUGCGAUCAUGAUGUUCAUAUUUAUACUGUGUUGCUGUUUGUGUUUAUGUUGCUGUUUGAAAUUUCGACGUAAAAGAAAGAAAACCACAGAGUUUUUUGGUGCCGAUGUUGAUGAAAAUGUAUUGAAAAAUGCCAUGAUUUCUUUGUAUUGUGGAUUGAAAGAUUCUUUGUCACGGAGUGGGUCUAAAGUCUCAUCUGAAUCAUCGGGGAACAACGUAAGAGACAAGGAGCCUUUAAAGCAGGAACAGGACAGGCCAGAACUUGCGUCAUACCCACACAACACACCGUACACGAAUGCAGCUGAUACUUCAGACAUGUCCUUGACUUUGACAUCAGACUCUGAAGAUGAGUACAGCUCAACCUCCAAGGAGACUGAUCGUUUGAAAUAAAUUCUGUUUUCUCAACAUUGUA